GACACUGUCGGCGAGCAAGCGCCCUGGACCUCUCGCCCUCGCCCGCCCGCCAGACGCCCGCCGCCCGCCGUACGCCCACGCUCUCUGCACAGAUCCGGCCCAUGAGCCGCAUAUCCUGAUCCACCAUGAAGGCUGCUCCGCUGCUGGUGUCCUGGCACAACGAGAAUGCCCCGAUAUACUCUGCUCACUUUGAACCCCACGCCAAGGGCCGCCUGGCAACCGCAGGCGGAGACAACAACGUUCGGCUCUGGAGCGUCGAGACGCACGGCGAGGAGCGCAAGGUCACGUACCUGUCCACGCUCGUCAAGCACACGCAGGCCGUCAAUGUAGUGCGCUGGUGUCCACGUGGCGAAAUGCUCGCGAGCGCGGGCGACGACGGCAACGUCCUGCUCUGGGUCCCCGCCGAGAACCAGACGACGCACACAAACUUCGAAGAAGGCCUCGAGGACAAGGAGACGUGGCGCGUCAAGGCCAUGUGCAGGUCCAUAGGCUCCGAGAUCUACGACCUCGCAUGGUCGCCAGACGGCGUCUUCUUCAUCACGGGCAGCAUGGACAACAUUGCCCGCAUCUACAAUGCUCAGACUGGAAGCAUCGUGCGGCAGAUUGCCGAGCACAACCACUACGUUCAGGGCGUUGCCUGGGAUCCAAUGAACGAAUACAUUGCCACGCAGUCAUCCGACCGAUCCGUCCACAUUUACACGCUAAAGAACAAGGACGGCCAAUUCUCCUUGGCCCAGCACAGCAAGGUCACCAAGAUGGAUUUGCCUGCCCGACGCGUAUCCUCCAACAGCCCUGCACCCCCCGACUUUGGCGGCCGCGCAUCCUUUGUAGGAGAUUGCAGCCUGGCAAUUGGCUCGCCCGUCCCAUCCAUGCCUGGCACGCCGCAGUCACUUGCCCUGCCUACGAUGCACCCCCCACCCACUUCGCACAGCCGCCGCUCCUCGUUUGGCUCCUCACCCUCCAUGCGCCGCUCUGCUUCGCCGGCUCCGUCGAUGCCCCUGCCGGCAGUCAUGCCCAACUCCCCCAGCAUCGGCAGUAUCGGCACCAUGGGCGUCCGCAACGCACCAAUCUACUUUAAUGAAACCCUCACAUCCUUCUUUCGACGUCUCACAUUUGCGCCCGAUGGCAGCUUGCUAUUCACACCAGCCGGCCAAUACAAGGCACUGCAUCCGUCUGUUGGUGACGCGAAACCGGCAGAAGAUAUUACCAACACCGUCUACAUCUACACUCGGGCUGGCCUGAACAAGCCUCCAGUGGCUUAUCUGCCGGGCCACAAGAAGCCUUCUGUCGCAGUUCGCUGUUCGCCAGUGUACUACACCCUGCGCCAGACGGCUCCUCCUCCAACGAGACAAAUCACCAUUGACACUUCGAAUAUGGAUGACGAGAUUCCCUCUCUGCCAGAGCCGUUUAUGCCCUCGAAGCCUCCUACAUCACAUUCGUCCAUGGACCCCCCGCCCAUCACGAGUGCGCCGUCCCCGUCACCAAGCGUAUCGGCACCCUCACCCAAGCCUGCGGACAGCGAGACAUCUAGUCAAACCGGGGUGCCUGUUGGACCUGUGGCCGCAUUCACCCUCCCUUACCGUAUGAUAUAUGCUGUUGCGACACAGGACGCCAUCCACAUAUAUGACACGCAACAGCAGAAGCCAUUGUGUAUAGUUAGUAAUUUGCACUUUGCGACCUUUACAGACAUUACCUGGUCCAACGAUGGUUCCAUGCUGCUCAUGACAUCGUCUGAUGGAUUCUGCUCCUCAAUCACAUUCGCCCCUGGAGAGCUGGGCGAAAAAUACACAGGUCCUUUGGCUGUUCACAGCAGACCACAGCCGCUGGCAGCCAUCAACACGACAGGAGGCCAGACAUCGAAUCACUCUACCCCAACACCAACGCCGACAACUGGAAGCAUGUCCGGUACCGCAGCAGCUACUGCGCCCCCAAUGCAAAGACAGCCAUCCGCAGGCUUUCCCGCCUCGCCUAGCUCCUUUGUUCCCGCAAGACCUGGCAGCCCAACAAGAAGUAACUCGGUAUCCAGCAUAGCUACAGCCUCGUCCUUUGCCCCUGGAGGAGGCGAUCAAAGCAACAUGAACGCCCCAACGCCAGUCAUGUCGUCAGUACCGAGUAUAGCAGCAGCCAACUCGGGGCCCGUUCCCAUGUGGACACCACCUCUUACCCCGGCCCACGGCCAGGGCAGCUCGCACAGCGCAAGCAGCUCCGUCAGUGGAAUCCCAAACAUGGGCCAGGUUGGACGUAGAGAGAGUGAAAGAAGCGAAUCUGACCGUGAUGACACUGGAUCCAAGAAACGCGAACUCAAUAGCGUGCCCGAGGCCGAGGGAGAACAAGGCCGAGAGAACAAGCGGCGGAGGAUUGCGCCCACGCCUGUUGCCUUGACGACCGAGGGCGAUGAUGCCAUUGAUAGCACCGAGGAUCAUGGCCAGCAAUAACUGAUUUCCCUUGUUCAUGUUUGUUUUACCGAGCUUCAGUAUUACUCCGAGCGUUUUUCUAGCAUGGCGUUUCGGAUAUAGGCCUGGAUGGCUCGCACCUCUACGGUCGCGCUGGCUUUGAGCAAUGUGCCCAGGGCUUUCCUUUCGGCGUUGUCUCGGUCAACCAUGGUCGUUGAUUAUCCGGAGUUUUCACCGUACAAAAGGUACGCAUGUCCAUAUUGAAAACGAUAGUUUGAAUCAAAAACAGAUGGCUAUUAGUCGAAGAGUUUUCUUUCUUUUUUCUUUCUCCAAGGCUGCAUGAUGCGGAUAUUGUCUGGGCAGUAGGAAGGAUUCGUGUGCAUACAUGGCCGUUGCUAAGGCCGACAUCCGGUUGUCACAUGGUGUUGUUUACGUGUUAGUAGGCA